CUUUCUCGUCUCCUCCAUUUUCUUCCACUCUCUCUCUCUCUCUCUCGAACGAAACCCUCAUUCUUUUUUUUUUUUUUUUUCUUCCAAACAAGAACAAGAAAAAGAAAUAAAAAAAAAAAAAACCCUAAAACAAUUCGAACUGAAUUGUAAAACAGAGGAGGAGGAAACAAACGCGCGCACGCAGAGACAGAGCGGAGUAGAAGCGGAAGCGAAGUUGUCGUCGUCGUCGUCGUCGUCGAUGGCAUGCGAAUCACUGAGUUGAAUCGGGGGCGAGGAUCUGAGUUGGCGGCGAUUGUUGAAUUCGUAGUUUCCACGCGCUUUUUUUGAAUGGGUGCUGCGGGCUCUAAACUCGAGAAAGCCUUGGGAGACCAGUUCCCGGAAGGCGAGCGAUACUUCGGCCUUGAGAAUUUCGGCAACACUUGCUACUGUAAUAGCGUCUUACAGGCACUUUAUUUUUGUGUUCCAUUCCGUGAACAGUUGCUAGAAUAUUAUGCAAGCAACAAAAAUAUUGCAGAUGCGGAAGAAAAUCUCUUGACAUGCCUAGCUGACUUGUUUUCUCAGAUAAGUUCACAGAAGAAGAAAACGGGUGUCAUCGCUCCAAAGCGCUUUGUACAGAGAUUGAAGAAGCAAAAUGAACUUUUCCGAAGCUAUAUGCAUCAGGAUGCCCAUGAAUUUUUAAAUUUUUUGCUAAAUGAACUUGUUGAUAUACUGGAGAAAGAGGCCCAAGCUAUGAAAAGUGAUUCUGAAACUUUAUCUCCGCCUGAAAAGCUGGCAAAUGGGCCAAAGACUGCUCAGGCCAAUGGUAUUCUUAAAGAGCCUCUUGUUACCUGGGUGCACAAAAAUUUUCAGGGAAUACUCACCAAUGAGACUAGGUGCUUACGGUGCGAGACAGUGACAGCUAGGGAUGAAACAUUUUUGGACUUGAGCCUUGAUAUAGAACAGAACAGUUCGAUUACAAGCUGUUUGAAAAACUUCAGUUCCACAGAGACACUGAAUGCUGAGGACAAAUUUUUCUGUGACAAGUGCUGCAGUUUGCAAGAAGCGCAGAAGAGGAUGAAGAUAAAGAAGCCACCUCACAUUUUGGUGAUCCAUCUGAAGCGAUUUAAAUACAUUGAACAACUUGGCCGCUACAAGAAGCUAUCUUACAGGGUUGUCUUCCCACUCGAGCUGAAACUGAGCAAUACGGUAGAAGAUGCUGAUUCAGAGUAUUCUUUAUUUGCUGUUGUUGUACACGUUGGAAGUGGGCCCAAUCAUGGACACUAUGUCAGCCUUGUUAAAAGCCACAACCACUGGUUAUUUUUUGACGACGAAAAUGUGGAAAUGAUAGACGAGUCUGCUGUGCAAACAUUCUUUGGGUCGGCACAGGAGUAUUCAAGCAAUACGGAUCACGGGUACAUCUUGUUCUACGAGAGCCUUGGCACCAGCGGCAAGAGCUGAGAGAAGAUGGUUUUAAUUUAAAAGGGCUAGGUAUUAUAAUCAUUUGACUCAAUUUUCUUUUGGUUUUAUAUUAAUUUUUUCUUCCCUACUUUUUCUCAACCUCUGGAAAGAGCUGUUAGAGAUAUCAAUGAGAUGAUGAUAUAUGGGUUGUCAAGAAAGUGUAUACUUAGGUUGGUUGGCAUGUACAGUUUGGAUGGUGGAACAACACCAUCCUUUUGUUCUUUUUUUCUUUUUUUUCUUUUUUUUUUUUAAAACAAUAAGAGGAAAAAGAGCAGUGUAUAUGGUUGUGUGAGACGACUUCACGGAGAAGAUUGUAUUCUUCUUGGUUGAGAACUUUUAAUCAAACAUUACAAAUGCAAUGCAAUUGGGAAUUGCUCAUAAAAACCAAA